CAAACUUCUACCAGUAAUUGAUCAACUCAAUGAUGAUUUCACGGAUGUAAAAUUUAUAUAUAUAAACAACUAUAAGAUUGGGGAGGAUUCUACUGUUCUUGAUUUCAAGGUCAAUAAUAGCGCUUGUUGUCCAUCAUCUGUCAUUGGUCAGUGUGUUCCGGACCAGAUUCCAUGCCAGGAUAGGACCCAGUACAUGUUCUGGGACUCUUUUCAUCCAACUGAGAUUUUUAAUAUUUUCUAUGCAGAAAGAUCUUAUCGCGCGUUGGACCCUUCAUAUGCUUAUCCAUAUGAUAUUAGCCACUUAAUUUCGGUUGAUCAAGGAGUUGCUGUGGCCAAGUGA